UGUGAUCCUGUCUUCUAAAAAUACUUGUCAUUUAGGUGCUAUGUGGCUCUCUAUUUACGCCCACUUGUUUACAUCUCUUUUUAGCCAGUGACGGCGCGGCAUUGACAGGCCCCGCUUUCAACCGCUCCGCCAGCUACGGCCCUCAACGCCUUCUUUAUCUUUUUGUUUAUUUGUGUACGGUGUGUUGACCUCGGUGCGCGCAUCUGCACGGCUUUUAUUUUUAAUUAGAUGUGGGAGUAUUUUAACAAUAGGUCCUCCAGCCCUUGCACAGCCCCACAUUGCUCACCUCCCAGCGCAGGUAACCCUAUAGCUUUCAUAUCACCGCCUUUAUGGGGAAUUGAUGUAAUUGCUGACAGGCCUGUAUGGCAGCUAUGGGGAGCGGAUGUUUGUUUGCGCCGCGACCAAAAGAUACACGGUUGUUUCUCCAGAUCUGGUUUCUUGGGUUGCCCAAACAGUGCUUGGUUCUGCUUUUAAUAGGCAUAGUCUGUUUUCAGCCAUCAUUCUAUGAAUUUGACACUCCUCCCCGCUGCACCGACUUGGCUCCUCCACCUAUAAUAAGACGUGGUAUGUUUGGCAGCUCGGCCCAGCGAGAAGAAUGGCAACACAAAGAAAGACCACCACCAGAUGGGAGGCAGAAGACUGGGAUCCAACUUGUCUGCUUUGUGUUGUACUUUGUCCCGCAAUAUUUGACUUCGCGUUGUGGUCAACAAGGAAAAAUCAAUGCAGUCACAUCUCACAUUGCAACACAUACAUACCUAUUAUUAAUAGUCUUGAUUGCGGCAUGUUUAAUCUUCGCCUUUGGCUUGGUUAAGAAAACAAUGCUUAGCACAUUGCCCUCAAGGCAUCCAUUAGGCGUUCCCACUUUCAACAAUACUACCUAGACAAUACUGGAAGUCCUGGAAGCAUUGCAUUGAAUGUGAAUGCUGUUUGACUGGGAAGCCGUUGAAAUGUCGGUCUCUCAGGUGCGUCUAACCCCUUUCGAGGUGCGCGUCGUUGGCUGCAUAAUGCGUCAACCGGUUCACCACAUUGAGCGUUCUUAUAUAACCUACUCGGGCUGUACGGAGGAAUGCCAACCGCAAAGGGCAGGCGCACACGCCCUUUUCCUCACUCUCCCUCGCUCUCGUUUCCCUCACCGACACACUGUCCCCGCUUAUCUCUGCAGUCACGUUGAGGCUGAGGCUGCCUGACCCACACAGUGUGCCCUGCUCGUGUUGUAUAUAGACCGGAGCCGAGCGGCAGGCAGAGCCGAGAUUGUGUGGCCAGAUCAGGACUGGGCGAGAGAGUAGGGGAGAGAGAGAGAGAGAGGGGGAGAGAGAGGGAGAGAGAGCACGGUGGGGGGUUGAGGAAGAGAGGGACAAACACGGCUGCAGCUGCUCUCUUCUGCAUUAAGAGACACACUCCCUGACAUAGGACCAGCAACGGGCCGUCAACAGACUGGAACUCGUCAGACUGGUGGCUAAGCAGACUGGGACUCGGUCAGACUUGGACUCGGUGGACUGGGACUCUGUAGACUGGGGUGCUCCGCAGACAGGUACGCGCCAGUCUGUGUCUCCCGCUGCGGGCCUCCUACCACUCACGGCCGGGACCCUGUGGCCACGGCCCUGUGUGCUCUGGAGGAUACCACCGGGCCCGGCGUGCAUGUGAGUGCCCGAGCGUCCACGGUCGGGUCAGGCGCCAGGAUGAGGAUGAAGGAGCUGUCUCUCCGCCAGGACCCGGACCUGCGGAAGGAGCUGGCGCUGCUGGCCCGGGGCUGUGACUUUGUCCUGCCCUCGCGCUUCAAGAAGAGGCUCCAAGCCUUUCACCAAGGACAGGCGCAGGUGAAGGCGCCGCCGCCCGUCGCCCCGGUGCUGAGUGAAAGCAUUCCAAAGUUCUACUUCCCACUGGGCCGGCCCCAGGCCAACCUCAACGUCGACGGCCUCAUUUCCAAGGUCGAGACAAUAUUUGCCCAGUUCCCCGGUGAAAGGGCCAGCAUUGAGGACAUGGGGCAGGUCGCCAAGGCCUGCGAGUGUCCCCUCUUCUGGAAAGUGCCAUUGUUCAACGCGGCCGGAGGCGACAGGACGGGCUCGGUGUCGGUGCACAAGUUCGUGGCCAUGUGGAGAAAAACUCUUCAGACCUGUCACGACGCCGCCGCAAAAUUUGUGCACCUCUUGGCCAGGCCUGGCUGCAAUUACCUGGAACAAGAGGACCUUAUUCCAUUCCUGCAGGAUGUGGUGGACUCUCACUCAGGCCUGAACUUUCUGAAGGAGGCCUCCGAAUUUCACACACGCUACAUUACCACGGUCAUCCAGAGGAUAUUCUACAAUGUGAACCGGUCUUGGACUGGCAGGAUCACAUGCUCAGAGCUGAGGAAAAGCAACCUCCUCCAGAACGUGGCCUUGCUGGACCAGGUGGACAACAUCAACCAGCUGACCGAGUUCUUCUCCUACGAACACUUCUACGUCAUCUACUGCAAGUUCUGGGAGCUGGACACGGAUCACGACCUCUUCAUCGACCAGAGAGACCUGGCCCGUCACAACGACCAGACCAUCUCCAACAAGAUGAUUGAGAGAAUAUUCUCGGGAACCGUAACAAGGGACAGGCGGGUGCACAGGGAGGGCCGAAUGAGCUACGCCGACUAUGUGUGGUUCAUCAUCUCCGAGGAGGACAAGAAGACGGACACCAGCAUGGAGUACUGGUUCCGCUGCAUGGACCUGGACGGGGACGGGGUGCUCAGCAUGUACGAGCUGGAGUUCUUCUACGAGGAGCAGUGCCUGAAGCUGGAGGCGCUGGGCGUGGAGCCGCUGCCCUUCGAGGACUGCCUCUGCCAGAUGCUGGACCUGGUCAAGCCCGAGGCCGAAGGUCACAUCACGCUGCGGGACCUGAAGAGGUGCAAGAUGGGCCACGUCUUCUUCGACACCUUCUUCAACGUGGAGAAGUACCUGUACCACGAGCAGAGGGACCCGUUCUCUGUGGUGAGGGAGUUGGAGACGGAGGGCCAGGAGAUGUCCGACUGGGAGAAGUACGCGGCUGAGGAGUACGACCACCUGGUGGCCGAGGAAACCGGCGACCAGUGCAAUGAAACGUACGAGAACCCCCUGAGUCCCUUAGGCCAGCACAUCUCCACCGAGCUGGGCCUGAGGGCAAAGAAACACUUUUUUGAGUUCCCCACCGCGCCCUGCAACCUGGACCUGGGGGAUUACAAGUAUGAGGAGGACUUUGAAUGAAGCCGGUCCUCGACAGCUCCCACCUCCUGCUCCAGGCCGGGGCCCCCUUGAGGGCCGAGGACCGGACAAGCCUUCAGUGUGCGUGUGUGUGUGUGUGUGUGUGUGUGUGAACGGCCUUUAGGGUGGAAACUGCCCAGACCGGCAAGCCAUAGGAGACGACUCCACGACCUAUUCACUACAGCCAGUGCCAACGCGCCCCCACAGGAAGACCACAAGCUCACCUUUGACCCCCCCGUGGGACAUCACGACCAGUGUCUUCAUCGCCUUCAAUUGUUUCAUUCUUGUAUUGUAACUUUCACACGGCAAAAUGUUUCCCAGCGGGGGUUGAUUCUCAGCCGAUGCGUCUGAGGCUCAUCAAGAGGCUCCACUACGGAGAGACCAGCAGUCAGCGGUCACCGGCUGGCACACCACCCCUUCACUGUGAGCGCCCCGCCCCUUGAAACGCAUUGGAUCACUUGAAAGCGUACCGCGUUUCAUUCAACGCAGCUUGUCUGGCAUUCAGUAUUGGAGCUAAGCGGCUUAUGGGACAUUCCAGGGAACCAUCAACUUCAACCACUGCUACUGUUGGGGGUUACUGCAGCGGAAAAUAACACGAAAAUGCUAAAGUCAGCCAUGAUUUGACCUACUGUGUACAGUUGUGUGUGUGUGUGUGUCUAUGCGUUUUUGUUUGUUGUAAGGUGGCCAUUGGUAAACAUACAGUACCUGUAUGUAAGGUGAAGGAUUUGGUGCGAGAAAAAUGAAGUGAUAAAUUAUAUUUAUAAAUGCGUGUAAAUAUUUCUGUGUUUGCUGUGCUGUAUACGAGUUGGGGAAAUGUCUUAUGAAUACUGUUUUAUAUCUAAGAGAAAAAAUACCUUUUAAAUGUAUUUCAAUAGAGUGAAGAAUCCUUUUUAACUUGUUUUUCUUCAAAUAAAACUAAGUCUAUUUAUUGGUAUUGAGUUAAUGUUGGUUUAUAAGAUAAAGUUGCUGUAGGCAAGAGUAAACGGUAGGGACAUCGGGGAUCGAACCCUGAACCUUUCAGCUGGGAGUUCUUUGCAUAUAUGGAUAUAAAUUGAGGCACUCGAGAGUUGGUUAAAAAAUACAAGCAUGUAGAAAAACGGAAUCCGGCUGUGAGUUUAUUUACACUGUGGCAUCCCGCCACGUGGUCCUCGGCCUGGACGGGCCCGGGGUACCGUGGAGGACGGGGUGUACCACCCCCACCCACCAGCCGGCGAGAGAGAGCAGCCCUUUCGGCACCCCAAUCAGGGUGAUUGGGGGACACCUGGGCGAAAGCACGGGAGCCAUGUUAAAAGCGGCGCAGCACAGCACAGCUGCGUUCGGGUGCAGGAAGGAAGGGCUCGUGGCAGCAAGGGAGCCUAGAGGCCCACGGAGGCCCUAGAGACCGUGAGAACCCUGGUUGAUUGAAGUGAUUGUAUAAUAAAUGCCUGGAAUGGCUCUAACCUUCUACAAACGCGUCGUUUGUACCGGUAACCUGGCUCGUUCAAGGAGCGGGUUACCACACUUGGUGGAGAAUGCAGGCACCAUGAAGGUCCCACUAUGGCUCCCCGGUACAGACGCCGCCGCCGCAAGAGACGCCGCGGCCGCAAGGGACGCUGCCGCAGCCGCAAGGGACGCUG